AGUCUGUCCGGAAUGCACCGCGGAGCUGCCAAAAGCUAUCGGAUCUAUCUGGGGAGCAUCAAGACGGAAGCCACACGAUAUCAGCGAGAAAACAGUAUGGGGUUCAGUGAACUUCCCCCUGAACUCCUCAUUCUGAUCUUGGAUUCAUUGGCCAUCAAGGAAUUGCUGAGAUGCAAACAGGUGUGCAAGAGUUUGAAUGCACUCGUACAGGACGAAACAGCUCUGCAGUACAAAGUACAACUUAACCUCGCUGGAACGGAGGAUGGUCCUGCUACGAAUCCCUUGGCUGUGCGAGAUCGCCUGCGGAUUUUGGUCAAAUACAUGGAGGCUUGGGACCAACUCCGAUUCAGCGAAAUUCGGACUAUGGACAGGGAAUCUGGCAAUCUUUGGGAAUUGUAUGGAAACGUCUUGGCGGAGACACGAUCUGAAAACACGACGCUUGUCAUCAAGCAGCUUCCUUCCAAAUUGCGUGGAAUUAAUGAACGUACAUGGACACUUGAUAAUCUUCACAUUCCACUCUGUGAUUUCUCCACAGAUGUGGCGCAGAAUCUGGUUGCGCUCCUGGAGCCUCGUAACAUGCCUGACUGCCUACCCAAUUCUAUCUACACCUGCGUACUCUGAAUACAGGCGAGAACCACCCGCUGGCUACCAAUGCUCAAAUUUUGUAUGAACGGCAAAUAAUCCCUUGGAGGUUUCGCACUCGUGUUUAUUCCAAAUACGUCGCGAUUCUCUUCUCUGUUUUUCCUGGGGAUGGAAGUACAAUAUUCUGUGUCUGGAAUUGGAAGACUGGUGGGCUCUUAUUGGAAGUGGUUGGUGAUGUCUUUUCAUACGCCUUUUGUACCGACCAUCACAUCAUAAUGCUCAUUCGACCAUGGGCGGAGCCGGAGGUGGAGUUAUUAAUCCUUGACAUGAGAUCGGCCAAUCCGAGCGAAACAAGCGUGGAGGACCUUGAUUAUACUUGUAGUUUCCAUUUACCUGCACUGAGAAUUGGCAGACACAUAUACGUUGCCGACAUACGCACCGAUCCCGCAUACUCCUGGUCACCGGAUGACAGACUCGCUAUCCCGUUUCACGCAGCAGCGUGCCAGUCAUUGAUCGUCGUCACCCUCAACAAUCAACUUACCUUCGUUAU